AUGACAGCAAUAGGCUCUGUUAUCGUUUGCUUUUUCCGUUUUAUAAAUCAGAAUAGUGUAAAAAUACGACAGCAGUGCCGCGCACGUUUUUCUAUUACUUUCAACGAAUUUGAUUGCUAUAUCCAUUAG